UUGAAGUUACUUUUAAUUGGAGACGGAAAAGUACCUCAUUUUGAAAAUAAAAUACCUAUUGAUCGAGAUUUAGGAGAAAAAGCGACUAGCAUUGAGAGUUUAAUAUCAAAAGUUUACCCAGAUAUCGUCGAAAUAGAAAAUAAAGAUUAUCAAUGGAUGUGUCAACGAGCAAUAUUGGCGGCAACAAACAGUAGUGUUGACGAAAUUAACGAUUUAAUUUUAACUAAACUUCCAGGGGAUAUAGUCACCUACACUUCUAUUGAUAAUGUAAUGGAUCAAGAAGAUGCAGUCCAUUAUCCACAGGAAUUUCUUAAUUCUUUAAACCCGAGUGGCCUCCCCCCACAUUCUCUCAAGUUAAAAAUUGUUGACUCACACUACGUGAGAGAUAGGUCAUCUAAACAGUAUCUGGAUGAACAACUGAACUUUCCUAUACUCUACAAGCUUUAUUUGGAAUAG